AUGUCCACUCCAGUCGUUGACGAAGAGACCCAAUUGGGCUACACCCCCCCAUACAAGCCUAACUAUGCCAAGUUUGGUUUCGGCUCGGACACCGUCCGCAACCACUUUGUCGCCAUGAUGGGUGAGUUUGUCGGUACCUUCACCUUUCUAUGGUCCGCCUUCAUGAUCGCUCAGAUCGCCAAUCACGACACCUCAAUCACUGAGGGAGCCAAUGCUGCCAAGAUCAUCAUGAUCUCGUUCGGUUUCGGUUUCGGUGUCAUGGUGGGUGUCUUCAUGACCUUCCGUGUCUCCGGUGGUAAUCUUAACCCAGCUGUCACCUUGACUUUGAUGCUUGCCAGAGCUAUUCCACCAGUUCGUGGUGUUCUCAUGUGGAUUUCCCAGAUGGUUGCCGGUAUGGCUGCCGCUGCUGCUGCCAGUGCCAUGACCCCUGGUGAGAUUCUGUUUGCCAACGGAUUGGGUGGUGGUUGUUCCAGAUCGAGAGGUGUCUUCAUUGAGGCUUUUGGAACUUUCAUUCUGUGUAUCACUGUCCUCAUGAUGGCUGUUGAGAAGUCCAGAGCUGCCGUGUUUGCUCCCUUCGUCAUUGGUAUUGCCCUCUUCAUCGGUCACUUGAUCUGUGUCUACUACACCGGUGCCGGAUUGAACCCAGCUAGAUCGUUUGGUCCAUGUAUUGCGGCUGCCUCGUUCACUGACUACCACUGGAUCUACUGGGUUGGCCCAGCCCUCGGUGCCGUGUUGGCCUGGUCUGUGUGGCAGAUCUGGAAGUGGUUGGACUACGAAACCACCAACCCUGGUCAGGAUGCUGAAAUGUAA